AUGCAUGCAAUUGUCGAUUCCACUAAAUCUGGAGUAUCACCCUAUUUGACAGCUAUAUUAGGAAAUUUCUUCCAGUUGUCACAAAAAACUUAUUUGCAAAAUACAAGUGAUACGUAUUCGGAUAGAAUUUUUAAAAAAGAAGAACUUCAUUUAUGCGUUUCCAUUAAUUUUCAAGGACCUGAAACGUUCCCAAAGCUGCAUACAAAAAAGCUUUUUGGAAUUAAGGAAAAAGGAAUAAACGGAAUAAAUAACAGUGUCUCAUUUUGGGGAACGUUUAAAGCUUUUCAACGCAUGAAAACGCGGGGAGAUCUCAAACGUAAUUUUUAUAGAAAUGACUGCAAAAAUACAAUCAUACUUGCAUUAAAAACAAGAAACCUAAAAAGCAUUGACAUUAAAAUAAUAGAAUUGUUCGUUCCAUCUGAGCUUUCAGCAAAAUUUCACUUCAAAGCAACCCUAUGGAUUGUUCCAUAUACAACUUAUUAUUUGAAUGUUUGUGAGUUUAUUUACUGCUACCCUCAAAUAGAGGAAAUUAGACCACUUUUUGAAUGUAAAGAAAAUGAUAGGAUUUUAUGCAAAGGAAAUAAGGACCUUUACUGCGAGUUGCUUAUUCUCAAAAAAAAUUUCGCAUUUAUGAGGGGUUCUGGAAACUUUUGCUUUAUUAAGCUUAAUAGUAGAAAUUUAAGAACACCUACUUAUUUUAUUUUUCGUUUUAUUUCAAAACUUUUAAAGGAAACGUAUUCAUUUAUCAAUCGACACAAACUAUUUACCUGGAUGAUAGUCAAGCCACAAAACGAUUUUGGGGCCCCCAUAUCAAACAAGGAGACUUUGAUACCUUCUUUGAGUGUACUUAAGUCGGUAUGGAGUUUUGAAAAGUUUUGUCUCCCAAUAUUUGAAAAAUACGUGUCAAGAAGGCCCAUUAAGUGCAGGUCUAACAUUCAGGAAAGAAAUCAGGGAAGUUGUCCUCUUGGAUCUUACCUCUUCGUUACCAUGAAUAUGAAGCCACAAGUUUUCCCUGACUUCGGAAGAAGUCAUAAUAAUGGGGUCGAUUGUGGUUUAGAGGCCAUGUCAAUGCGAGAGAGCACAACAACCGUGCUUUUUAACACUCGUGAAACCAAAAGAGGAGAUGAACAAAUAACUGCAGGAGUACAGAGCGAUCGACUAAGGUGCUGUUUCGUUUUAGUUAGUGUAGUCCAUAAAAUUAAAAAUGCUAGUUUAGAAAUAAAAGGUGUAGCAGAGACAUUCCUUCUUAAUUCGAAUACUUCUAAUGCUUCAUUAAAAAGACAGAAUCUAUUGGAAGCAUGGUAUACUAGGACAAUUUAUACUUUAAAAGUUGUAAUAGGAAUGAUCACCUCUACUUUUCCCCUCCCUAAUAGAAUAAAAAAGCGUGUUAAUUUUACGAAAGUAUAG